CGGCCCUUCCUCUCACCUCUUUCCUCCCAGAUCAUACCCAGUAAAUUCAAGGUUCCAAUCCAAUGGAUGGCACGACCCGCUGAGCGACAUCACGCCGGACACUGAAUCCUUAUCAAGGUCGAUUUCAAAAGACGCAAAGGAGCGGAGCGGAACAACAUCCAAAGGAGACUUGGCUGCAACUGCUGACUCAACAUGCUGUUGACUUUAGGGUUACUUCUUCUCCUCACCCCUCUUGCCUCCUCUCAAACCAGUGAGAAGAGAAACUCAACAGGAAGUGACCUGACCAAACCCAACGUCAUCCUCACCCUCUCAAAACCCAAAAUCAGCUCUGCUCCAGCCAAACCGUCCAUCAAACCAACCUUAAAACCCAUUGCCUCAACAGCUCCACCGCCUCCACCUGCCACUCAAAAAGCGCCGGUUAAAGUCAAGCUUGAGCAGACAGCCAUCCGAGCUACGCCGCCUCCGCAGGUGAAGUCAACUACAGCUAUUCCGGCGGUGGCCAAGAAAGAGAAGCAAGUUGUCUCUGUUAAUCAGACGGUCGCAGCAAAAGCUCCACAAGCCAGUGAGGCCAAAGCAGUUAAAGACAAGCGAGCAAACAUUUCCACGGUCCAGUCAGCAUCCGCAAAGUCUGCGUCUAAAACCCCCAAAUUGCAACCUCUGGUCAACCAAACUGCGGCUGUGAAAGCGCCUUCCCCCAGCGAUGGGACGACUGCCAAACAGAAGCCGGCCACCUCUCCGGCUCAAAGCGCUCAGUCAACACCCGCCAAGUCUGCUCCAGCCACGAGCGGUAAAACCCCCAAAAGCAAGCCCACGUCUUCUGUCAAUCAGACUGCUGUUGCAAAACCCGUCGAGGCCAAAACUUCCAAAGACAAGCCAGCACCUACGGUAACCCCAACUGCGUCCACACCAGUGAAAGCAGCUCCCUCUGCCACCGCAGACAAAGAGCAGGCCUCCACUAACUCCUCAGCUGUUGCCAAAGCUAACUCUCCUCCUGCGCAACCAAUUAAGGUGGUCAUUGCAGUUGACUGCGAGUCGAGCAAAUCUAAGGAGCAGGAAGUGACGAUAAAACCCGGCUCUCCUCUGGUGAUGACACACAAGAUCAGUGUGAUGCCCGGUGGAUGUUCCGGGAACUGCGACGCAGAGAUGUCGGCGCUGAAAGAUCGCGUGGCUCGUCUGGAGAGAGAGAUGGCCUCUUUUAAGGAGAAAUGUUCAUGCUCCGUAACUUGCCCAAAUGAUUGCGGUGGGAAUGGAGAGUGUGAGAAGGGGAGGUGCAUCUGUCGCCAGGGAUUCCAGGGUCAUGACUGUAGCAAGUGUAAGCCAGGAGCAGACUGCAGUAAAAAAGUGACCAAAGAAAAAGGCAGAGCUGAAGCAACAACCCUGAAAGGAACCAAAGACAGCAGUGCUGCCAAAAACACCGGGCAGGAAAAAUCUACCAAAGUGGAGCAGGAGAAGAAGGAUCAAAAGAAGAGCACUGACGCCAAAGAGACUGACACCAAAUCCAAGGAUGCCACCGUGGUUAAAUCGAGUAUGGAGAGAAAGACCACAAAACAAGACACUUCAGAGAACAAAACCAUUUUAAGGAACACAACAAAGACAGGGUCAGGGCACGACACACAAAAAGAAGAGGACGCGCGCAAAGGCAAGACGACAACCUAUGCCCCUAAAAAGGUGCCCCAAAUCACAAGUUUGAAGAACGCAACUGUGAGCAAGUCGUACCCCAAAUCUGACCAUCUGAAAGAUGAACCCCAGGCCAAUCUAACACUGAGUGAUGCCAAGAAAACAAGCGGUGGAAGUAAAAUUGUGACCGGUCUCACUAAGGCGACGGGAACAAACAAAACCAUGACGGGAAAAGACGUGGAUCAGGCCACGCAGACGGAGGAGAGUGUGACCCAGUCGCCUGGAUCCAAAGCGAUCAAAAAAGAAAGUGGACAAUCGUUUGCUGAGAAAAAUGUGGCUCAGAGCACCAACAACAAAAGCACAAUGAAACUUCAGAGCAAAGUCAAAGAAAGCAUUACGUCGACGGCAGAAGAGGAGAGAAUUGACAAAACAAAUAUACAGGGAACUGUGACCAAAAAGACCGGCGGAUCAGGGUUAGGUUCAGUGAAGGUCGAUAACAUCUCCAGCUACAGCUUCACAGUCACAUGGUCGGCGCCACAAGGGAUGUUCAAGAACUUCACCGUAAUCAGGAAGGAGUCCAGGACAGGGGGUCUUGAGGAUGAGCAUGAGGAGUUUGAAGUGGAAACCAAGACUGAAGCUCAGACAGACACCAGCAGCUCGACCAAAAAAGCAGUGAGCGCAACAACCAAAGCAGACCCCAGGAGGAUCAGUAUGGUGGUCCCCGGCAACGUGCGUUCUGUGGAGUUCAGCAAUCUUCUCGCCAACACGCGCUACGUCAUCUUUAUAUAUGGAAAUGCCGCGGAGAGGCGAUCAAAGAUCCACAGAUCUAUUGCGACUACAGGUCCGGAGCCGGCCACAGAGAUGGUUUUCAGCAAUGUCACAGAUUCUUCCCUCACUGUGUCCUGGACCAAACCAAAGGGGACGUUCACAGGAAUCAGAGUCACGUACACCCACAUAGUCACAGGGGAGACGCGCACCGUGAUCAUCAGCAGUCUUCAGUCUUACGCCGUCCUCUCCAAGUUGGCAGCUGGAUCGUCCUACAUCAUCACUGUAACGUCGACACAUGGCAGAGCCCAGAGUGACGUCCUAGCUUCCCUCAUUACCACAGUUCCUGCGCCCCCGACCCAUCUCCAGGCCGUCAAUGUGACAGACACCAAGGCAGUGCUGCAGUGGACACCCAGCCUGGGGAAGGUGGACCGGUUCAUCAUCACCUACGAGUCCUCCAAGAGUCCCAAUGUGACCGUGACAGUGACGCUAUCAGGAAACACGGUCGAGCACCAGCUCAAAGGCCUUCAGAGAGGAACGCUGUAUACCGUCAGAGUCAUGAGCCAGAAGGACAGCCUUCAAAGUGCGGUCGUGUCGACAACUUUUACAACGGCUAAUGUGGUGAAAGCCAGCGAGGUGGGAGCCCGCUCAGCGCUGAUCGUUUGGAGAACUACCACCGUGGUGUAUCACAGCUACAGAAUCAUCUACCAAGUGGCUGGAGAGGAAGCCAAGGAGGUGAUCCUCGAACCAAGCGUGACGGAAUACGCGCUGACCGGGCUCAUCCCCAUGUCGCGCUACAUCGUCCUGGUGCAAGGCGAGAGAGACGGCCGCUACACAUCCAUCGUCACCACAGAAUUCACCACAGGGAAAGUACGCUUCCCAUUCCCUACGGACUGCUCCCAGGAGCUUCUGAACGGAGCCCUGCAGUCCGGAGAGGUAGACGUCUACCCUCAGGGAAAAGACGGUCCAGCAGUGAGGGUGUACUGCGACAUGGAGACAGACGGGGGCGGCUGGACGGUGUUCCAAAGGAGAAUGAAUGGGAAGACCGACUUCUUCAGGAGCUGGAGUGAAUACCGUGCUGGCUUUGGAAACCUCAGCGAAGAAUUCUGGCUCGGAAACGAGUUGCUGCACAACCUCACCAACAUCGGGCCUGUGAGUCUGAGAGUGGACAUGCGGUCUGGAAAUGACACCGCUCACGCUCACUACGCCAACUUCUCCGUUGACUCUGAAGAGAGGUACUACACCCUGACGGUGUCCGGAUACACUGGGACAGCAGGCGACUCGAUGUGGUACCACAACGGACGGCCGUUUUCAUCGCGUGACAAAGACACAGACUCAUUGGGAAUCCACUGUGCUAGAGCGUACAUGGGAGGAUGGUGGUACAAAAACUGCUAUAAAACAAACCUCAACGGACUUUAUGGCAGCAACGUGGACAAUCAGGGAGUGGUCUGGAUCGACUGGAAAGGCAAAGAUUCAUCCAUCCCCUUCACUGAGAUGAAGUUCAGGCCAUCCAGAUUCUCUCCUGCCACACUCGGCUGAACUUCAAUGAGCAGUCCGGACACUCACAUCUCCAAACUCCAGAGAACCCCCGAAGAUGCUGCAUGUUUCUGUACUCUUGUCUAGAGAAGUCUUUUCUUCAGAGCAACACCUGUUCUCCACACCUUCGUCCGAACGUCUGCCACUUCACUAAUACUGCAAUAAUGAAAUGUGCACUGUGUCACUCUCU